UACUCAAGUAUCCCGGCGGCGGUUGACUCAUCGGCCUGGAAGUGAUGGGCUCACCGACUGGAGCGCUGAGAGAAGUGUUCCAUUGUAUAAGGCUGUAGGAACACCAAUGCCAAACUUCGACAUGAUCUUAAUAAACAAAUGCGACUGAAUUUUGGGGCUGCCCCUGAUUUACGAAUCUUCCAGUCAAGCUACCUAUGACGCUGGGUAGCCCACCUCAAGGACCCCUGGAAAAAUUCCGACCCCACGUCGACGUCAAAGUGCCCCUCCAAGAAUUUCGUCUCACUGAGACUCAAUUUCUUACAAGACAUUUCACAACACAUAUACAGUCUCACAAUGCCGACAGAACUCGAAGAGCUCGUGGGCUUCAUCGCCAGUCCAAACCCGCAGAUCCGCAAACUCGCUGUUGAGAACCUGGUGCCAUAUUCAACAUCGGAUCCAAGCAUAUUCAAAGCCAAUGACAACAUCCCGAUACGAAAUCUGAGAGUCCUUGUCCGGGACCAUCCCAAAAUCGCAGAACAUGCCUUGACCAUGCUGAUCAACCUUUCCGGCGAGGAUGCCGUGCAAGAGAUGCUGGCCACGGAUGAGAAAUUCCUUGAACUUCUGUUUCAAAAAAUAGUCAACGCAGAGGAACCCAACGCCAAUCUCUUGGCCAUGCUCCUCGCCAACCUCACCAAGAGCGCAGCCCUCGCCAGUAUCGACACAAAGAAGCAGCCCUCGCCAGAAGACCUCUCCAAGAGCCACUUCAUCCUGGACCAGCUCAUGGAUCUCUUCGUCAAGGGCCAGGACGGGACAUACAACAAGCACGCCGACUACGACUACCUGGCCUACUGCUUCGCCGACCUGGCCAAGCACGAGUCGAUACGCAAGUACUUUCUCACCAAGCAAGAGUACGACGACGUCGUGCCGCUCAGCAAACUCCUCGUAUUCACAGAGCACAAGAGCGAGAUUCGACGAAAGGGCGUCGCCAGCACCAUCAAGAACGUGGCCUUUGAGGUCCAUGCGCAUCCCGAGCUCAUGUCCGACAGCGAGAUUGGUAUCCUGACAUAUGUCUUGCUGCCCAUCAUGGGCAGCGAGGAGUAUGAUGUCGAUGAGUCGAUGGACAUGCUGCCGGAUCUGCAGCUGCUGCCGCCCGACAAGAAGCGGGAACCCGACAACACCAUCAUUGUCACGCAUCUCGAUACACUCAUGCUUCUGACUACGACGAGAAAAGGGCGAGAACUGAUGCGCGAAGUCAAGGUGUACCCCAUUGUGAGGGAGACUCACGCCCGUGUGCAGGAUGCCGAUGUGAAGGAGGCGUGUGACCGUCUGGUACAGGUCUUGAUGCGUGACGAGGAAGGCGAGGGUGAAGAAACGGAGAGGAAGAUUCAAGAAGUUGUGGAUGAGGAAGACGAGAUCGUUGAGGUAUAGAUCUGAAUAUGACCCAACGCCAAAGACCAGAAAGAAAACAUAUCCAUGACCAACGCUACCC